UAUGUAAUUUACACAACUAGAUGAAACUAUGUAAUACAUAUUUUCUCAUGUUUAGUGAAGAAUCAUCUCCUGAUAAACCUAUCUAAGAGACAAAAAAAUACCAAUUAACACCUAUCCUUUUGCCAAUUACGCCAACAAGAAAACUUCAAGAUGUUCAUUCUUAUUACUCAAAAUAAAGUAUCAGCCCACUUUCAAAUGGUGAUGAAGAGUAAUUUGAAGAUUUUGAAGAUCUAUAAGUGAUGUCUAAUAAAAGUAGUGACACUCAAUUACUUACUGGUUUAAAUACUUGUCCUAUUUUGACCGAUAACAGAAGAAAAAGUUAGGAAUAAAUUCAAUUGUCGUAAGUAAAAGUUCUUAUUAUCCUAGUAUAUGUUUUAUUAUAAAUCAAGUCAAAAAAUAUCUAUUCCUCGUGCAUCUAUAUUCAAAAUUUAACAUUUAACACAGAAAAAGCCAAAACAAACCAAUAUUAACUUAGCUUCAACCAAAGAAUGAGU